GGAGGGAGGACGGUGGCAAGAUGGUGUUGGAAAGCACUAUGGUUUGCAUGGACAACAGCGAGUAUAUGCGGAAUGGGGACUUCUUACCUACCCGGCUGCAGGCCCAACAGGACGCUGUCAACAUAGUAUGUCACCCCAAGACCCGUAGCAACCCUGAGAACAACAUGGGCCUCAUCACACUGGCCAAUGACUGUGAAGUACUGACCACACUCACCCCUGACACCGGCCGCAUCCUGUCCAAGCUUCAUACUCUUCAUACUGUCCAGCCCAAGGGCAAGAUCACCUUCUGCACUGGCAUCCGAGUGGCCCACUUGGCUUUGAAGCACCGGCAGGGCAAGAAUCACAAGAUGCGCAUCAUUGCCUUUGUGGGGAGCCCCGUGGAGGACAACGAGAAGGAUCUGGUGAAACUGGCAAAAAGCCUCAAGAAGGAGAAAGUAAAUGUUGACAUUAUCAAUUUUGGGGAAGAGGAAGUGAACACGGAAAAGCUGACAGCCUUUGUGAACACCUUGAAUGGCAAAGAUGGAACUGGAUCUCAUCUGGUGACAGUGCCUCCUGGGCCCAGCCUCGCCGAUGCCCUCAUCAGUUCUCCGAUUCUGGCUGGUGAAGGCGGUGCCAUGCUGGGUCUUGGUGCCAGUGACUUUGAAUUUGGAGUGGAUCCCAGUGCUGAUCCUGAGCUGGCCCUGGCCCUUCACGUUUCUAUGGAAGUGCAGCGGCAGCGGCAGGAGGAGGAGGCCCGUCGGGCAGCUGCAGCCUCCGCGGCUGAGGCAGGGAUUGCUCCAACUGGGACCGAAGGUGAAAGAGACUCAGACGACGCCCUGCUGAAAAUGACCAUCGGCCAGCAGGAGUUCAGCCGCACCGGGCUCCCUGACCUAAGCAGCAUGACCGAGGAAGAGCAGAUCGCUUAUGCCAUGCAGAUGUCCCUGCAGGGCGCAGAGUUUGGCCAGGCAGAAUCAUCUGAUAUUGAUGCCAGUUCAGCCAUGGACACCUCUGAGCCCACCAAGAAGGAGGAUGAUUACGACAUGAUGCAGGACCCCGAGUUCCUGCAGAGCGUCCUGGAGAACCUUCCAGGUGUGGACCCCAACAAUGAGGCCAUUCGAAACGCCAUGGGCUCCCUGGCCUCCCAGGCCACCAAGGAUGGCAAGAAGGAAAAGAAGGAGGAGGACAAGAAAUGAGACUGGAGGGAAGGGUCGCUGAGUUUACCCGGGGGCUGCACUGGGUGGGUGGGACAUAGGGCUAGAUGUUAACCAAUACAACUAAAUAAAGCUUGGCAACUUUUUUUUUUCUU